CGACCGAUCUUAAGCCACAAACUCAAGUCCCGAGCACCGGAAACGAAGCCCAUCCCCUUUGUUCUUGCAAUACAGGCCACAAUCCACAUUCUCUACAGAUUUCAGGAUGACGAAGCUUACUGCAUCCGAGAACCAAAAGCCAGAGCAGGGCCAGAAGCAGCAGAGGCAGCUGAGCAGGACGCAGAAACGAAAGAGGCAGAGGCAGAGAAAGCAGGAGAAGGAGAUAUCAGCCCUGGGACAGGAGCAAACAGAACUUAAGAAGAAAACGCAGUUGACCAGCCAGCAGCUAAGAAAUAUCAAGAAAUCGAAGAGACAGAGGCACAGGCAAAGACUAAAGGAGCGAAGACGGCAGGGUCGUGAAACGCAACCGGAACAACAGCCUCUACGACAGAACCAGGGACCAGACCAGGAUGGAGCAGCAUCGGAACAUAGUGUGGACUUGGAGCGGGAAAGAGAGGAAGACUCCAUGAGAGCAGAGUAUGAAGAACUCCUGAAGGAGAGAAGGAGAGAAGCGCGCGACUGGGAAGAAACAAAAAUGGCCGAAGUGAAACGCUCUUACGAGUCUCUCCGGAAUGGCCAAAGAGGCCCGCGCAUUUACAUUGCCGACACACAUUUCGAACUGUUCUGCCUGGAAUACUUCGAUCAUUUCUACAACCCCGAACAUGAAAAUGAUUUUCUCAUCAAGUUUGUCGAGUUUGAGCACCAGCGCGGUAAUCGUAAGGAAGGUCUUCCACCUGCAGGUCUGCGGCGCGUCAAUGGAAACGUAUGGCUGGAAACCGAGGCAGAGCCAACCUUCGAACCCUUUGUCGUCCCCGCCUAUGCGAGCAGAAAUGUUAUUCGAGUGAGAAACCCGUGGCAUGAAAAACAUGAGAUGUCAGUCCAGUUUGUCAGCGAUGAUCAUCUGAUAUUGUAUCUGUGCCGAGAAGCGGUCUUUGAGCCUCGACCUCCGCCCCCGGAUGUUCCGAAAGUCUUCAUAUUCUUCGGCGUUCGCGCUCGAGGGGAACGUGUGCUAUUGAGGGAGAGAGAAGAAUGGGCGGACGACCUGGCUUGAAAGCCCACUGAUGCUCGAUUGCAUAGUACCAACUUUGUAUUAUAAGGUAAUGAAUCUGACUUGGUGUUCCAUUAGUUAGGAUAGGUAAUUUUUAAU